AUGGGGGAGGCAGCGGUUCUUGCUGCAUUCAACCUCGAGUUCAGCAAAGUACUGAAAGGGGCACCGCUGGGAGCUAGGUUCCCAAACCCCGUUGCACGGAAGCUGGCCGAGCUACUUGAACACUUCACCCCCAAGCUGUCAGUCCCUGUUUUUGCGCCCCGGCUGCUUCAAUUGGGCGACCUUCUCUUCAAACGAGAGGCAUUCCAUCUGGCCCGACACUCCUGUUUCCUCCCCGUCGCCCGCAGGACUUCCAUUCUCAAACCCGCCAACCCCGCUCAGCUUCCGCUGCUCACCUGCAACGUUCAGGCGCGCUACGGGGCGGCGCUAUGCAGUUUUCAGGAGCUUCGGUGCGGGGACCCGACGUUCCAAAACCCCAAAACCCUGAAGGGGGCACUGACUGCGCUGGGAGAAAUGAAAGCAGCGCUGGGGGACUCGCUUUUGGAGCAUGAGGAGCUCUACUGGCUGGCGCUAAAUGGUGCAAAUACCUUUUUGCUUUCGACUUUGGCAUGUUCUGCUUUCUUUAAGGAAACUGACGUGAGAAUAACAUUGCAGAGCACGGUCCACAUCUGGUCGUCGGUUCAGCCCCUAAUGGCCGCGUCGCUUGCGUCGGAAACGCUCGAGUUCGUGGUAUCCGCGAUCGCGGCCAUGGAGUCGCAGGUCGCGCUGUGCGCGCCGCGGCACCUCGAGUGGCGCUGCCAGCUGUACCUGACCGCGUGCGAGGGGUAUUGCCUGGCGGAAUACCGGGACAAGGCCAAGGCCUGCGCGGAGCGGGGACGAAGCAAAGUGCGCGAGCUCGAGGAGCUGCAGCGGCUGGACCCCGUGCCGCCCCUGCCCGAGACGGUGGCCACAUAUGACAGCGCGAGAAGGACGAUGCAGCUGGCGUGCUUCCAAUACGGCGACCAAAGUGGCACCGUCACCAGCGAAUCCGUCGCCCAGAACCUCGCUCAGACGUUCGCGGAACCGAUAGACCGGAUCCUGGCCCUGGCGCUCGCCCUGGAGAAUCCGACGCAAAGGGUUCUGGGCGGCGUCCCUCCCACCAGCUAUCAGAGGGUCCUGCUCGGGUGUGCCAAUAACUUGCUGGCGGGGAUCCUGGACGAGAUCGUGACGUCAGCCGCGGCCCCCGCCACUCCUAGUUCGGAAAGCGGCGGCGCAUCUUCCCGGGGGUCCCAGAAUGGGCCCGCAGACGCCCUUCUCCCGAUCGACCUCCACCGUCGAUUGCUCCACGUGGCGUUCACCUACGGCGACUGGCCACUCUUCGACAGCCUCGCGGCCGCAGCCGACGCACGCGUGACGUCAGCGCCGCCGACGGCUUUUUCUGCAGGGGUAAAGCUCCUCCGAGCUGUACGGGAUCUGCAGAAAGCGGAGGGAGGUGGAGAACAGGACCUUUUAGCGGCGCUUGGGAUCGCUAUUGGGGCGUGCGGGGCGGAGUUUGUAACUAGGGACGGCGAGAUUCUUACGGAUGCGGCGCUGUUGCUGUGGGGAGAGGUGAAGCAUCUGUUGGAGAAGCGGGAUGCGGACUUGACCAGUAGAACGUCCGACGUCCCCAGGUCCGGAGAGAGCGUAUUCACACCGAAUGGAAGUUCAGACACACCGGACGGUAGCGCAGCUAUACUAGGCGGCGGGACUUCUGGAGAGGAGGACACGAGAGGAGGGAAAAGCGACGAGACGCUGAUCGAGCUGCUGGCAACGCUCCAUGACGUCAGCGAGCGGCUGGAACUCCCCGACGCGCUCAUGCACGCGCAGAUUGCGCUCCGUCUUGCGUCCCUGCUCGACAGCAGACAAAAGCAUCCGGGAACCGUGGCGGAGAACCCGGAUGCACGUGACCUGGAAAGGGCCCUGGAGGUGCUACGUGGCGCGCUGCGCGCGGUCGAGAGGUUCAGGGAUCUGGACACGGAAGUGCGCGCGCACGAUGACGUCAGCGACCGGAGCUGGGCGGAGGCGCGGGAGGGCGGGCCGGGCGACGAGGCGCAGAAGCUGCUGAGGAGCUGCCACGUGGACCUCUUGAUGACGUACUGCCGACUGCGGCUGCGGCUGGGCGCGCACGCGGAGGCCGCAGAGGCGGCCGCGCGGCUGAGCCGCGAGGAGAGCACGCUGCGGAAGCGCGAGCAGCAGUCGAGCAUCUUCGGUGCGAUGACGCUCAAGGAGAAGAAGGAGGCGCAGGACAGGCUGACACGUGUCGGUCGGCCGCCGCCGUUCUCCGUGAAGGCCGAGAAGGAGCUGCUCGCGGAGUGCAACUCAAACCCCUACCAGCGCGCGCUCGUGCUCGCGCAGAUCGCCGCGACGCGUCCAUCCCAAGCCGACCGCGCGCUCUUCCUCCAGCAGGCACAAGCAGAGCUUGAAAACGCGCGCGUUCUUGAGGAAAGCGCGCGCCCUCUGUGCUCAGGCGGCGAAGGGGGCAGUUCCAGGGGCGUUCCGGCCCCCCUAAUCUUGACGAGGAUGAGUGUCUCGGUGACUAUCCGGCCGGCUAGUGCUUUCCCAGCCCGAUUGAAGAGCGGAAAGAACUCCGGCGGAAGGGACUCGCCGGACGGAAAGCCGGUCGCGUACGCUGUGUUUGGAAAAGUGGCGGGGAGCGGAGUGGGGGUCUCGCUGCACAACACGGACUUCCCUGGAACAGGCGCGCACGCGCGCGCGCCCCUGUCUGACGUCAUCACCGUCACGGGCCUGACGCCCAACGAGCGCUACAUCUUCGCGCUAGCUUUUUACGACGCGACUGGCGCGCUCAUUGACACCAUCGGCCCCAGCACGGCCCCUGUCACCCUAGCUUUACCCCUGCCGAGAUUACAGUGUCAAGCGUAUUUGGCACUGACCGCUCACCGUUUGGGGUGUCCGAAAGAGGCGCUGUUCGCGGCGCGGCCCGUGGUCGCCCAUUUUGUGGAGAAGGUAGCAGUGGAUGAAGACGGGGUGGAGCGACUUUUCGGCGACCAGCUGAGGGCGACAGAAGCGCGGGAGGCGCCCAGCACGCUGCUCAGAAGCUUUGUCCAGUAUCCUCCUCAAGCCGUCCCACUCGAAGCAGACGCCAAUUUCGCUGACGUCACCUUCCUUUUCCCCGCCAACCAGGUUCUCUUCAUGGAGUCCGAAGCCGCGCCCGCGCCGCUGCGCGCGCUAAACCCCGCCCAAACCCCGCACUCGCUCCUCCCGUCGCAACUCGAGCGCCUCCAACAAGCGCACCGCCUGCUGAUCGCGGCGCAGGCCGCUGCGCUGUGUGAAUGCGCCCCUCUGGUGUACGAAGCGGCGACCCGGUUCUACAACCGGGUGGUUCCUUUGCUGGCAAACCUGCCCGAAAAGUGUCCGGUGAUUCAGCCCCUGCUCGCCGGCUGCCACGUGGUGUUGGCGACGGUCAACCAGACGGCGGGGCUGACGUCAGGAGCUGGGAAGGUUGCGGCCGGGCUGACGUCACAGCUGUUCAAAAGGCUGGCAGCGAUUGCGGAGGGCGGGACAAUGAAAGCGAUUGGAAAGAUGGACCUGGGGGUGUUCACAUCGGACGGGAAGAGCGUUCUGGGAGUGCAUUUACACUCGGCGGACGGGUGUGAAAAGGCGUGGGCCGCGCUGAAGGGCGACCUCGCAGCCCAUCCGCGCGCGUUUGAGCUCGCCGUGAGAGUGAUUGAGAAAGAAGUUCGAGAGGGGUGUAACGAACGGGUGGUGAAGUGGGGGGGGGAGUUGGAAGACAUGGUGAGGGCCAAGGGCAAGCGGCCGGGUUAUGUUGCGCGGGAAAAAACAGAGCAAGAGAGUGAUUCCAAGUCGAAAGGGAAGGGAGGGGACUCCAAGAAGCUGACGAAGAAACCGUCGGCUAAGGAUGACGGGAAAAGGAGCGAGAGCCGGAGCGGUUCUACGGUGCAGAGCGGCGAGGACCCCGUUCUGAAAGAGGACCUGAGCCCGGAACAGGCUGCGCUGGAUCAGAAACGGGUCGCUGCUGCGGUAACUAUCCAGAAACACGUGCUUUCGCGUCUCGCGUGGAGCCGCGAGGUUCGGAAAACGCGCGAGUGGUUCGCGCGCAACGGGGCCUGGAUCGCGCGGCUGCACAUCGCGCUGGGGUUAGCCCUACCCGACACGAAACCCGCGCAAACCCCGGCUCCUGGAAGCGGACAAUCCAGCCCCGAAAACGAGGUCAAGCGGCCGGAGUCAAACCCCAAAGUCUCGCGGCCGCCGAGCGCAUCCGCCGGCGCGAAGUCGAAGAAAACGAAGGGUGACGUCAGCAAGUCGGCGGCCGUGACGCCCGCCCCCCGGAGAGGCUCCCCCCGGAGCAGUCGCCCGAGCAUUGCGGAAGAAGAGGAGACCAGGGGAACCCCGUCGGAGAAUUUGAGCAAUCCGGAUGCGCCACGUGGCAUCUCCGGCGGUCUCGCAAAGGCGGCCUACUUGCUCGCGAGCGCUCUCGCUGACGUCAUUAACGGAUCGGACGACGCGGAAACGGCGGCAGAGGUCCUGGGCUUCGGGGAGAAGGUCCUGCGCGCGCUCGCGACCAAUCGGCGGUGGACACGUGUCCUCGAGCUGGGCAUGUCGCUGACCGCUCGAGGAGCAACGGAGCGCGUUCUCCAGCUAAUGGUGACGUCAGCGGAAGCCUUGGGAGAGGCCGGAUGCCGCGACUUGGGGAUAAGCGCCGGGGUUUUAAGGCGUGAUCUAGAAGGAAUUUGGAAGCAAAAGCCGCCCGCCUUGGACGCGCUGGAAGGAUGUAGGAAACAGUGGGAGGAGUUUUUGCGAUUGGGUAGGAAGGAUGGCGUAUCGGACGGUGGAAGCUGGCCGCUGGGCGGCGAUCGGAUGGCGGGAGAUGCGUCGGAGCAGAAAGCAGCGGUUGUGAAGGCGUACACCAAAGCCAUCACUUUGCUCCAGGCAGGCCCCGAUGCCUUUUUGCUGGCCCAGGCCCACAGCGAGCUCGGCGACAUUCACGCGCAUUUUGGCGACAUGACAGCCGCGGGGCAGUGCUGGAAGGACGCCCUCGACGCCGUGACGGGCGCCUACAAGUCGCUUGACAAGUGGCGCCAGCUUUUCCGCUCUGAUCUACUCAGCGGAACUGUGUUGACCGGAAUCGCGACUGAGACCUCGAAAGGAGCUCUGAACGCAGAGCCGCUCGGAAACCCGAUCGGAAACGUCCGUUCGCCUUACGGAACGGUGGCCAGAAAAGAGGGUGAUCAGAGGAGAACCAGGGGCGGCGACAAAACGGCGGGCAUAAACGAGCACUGGAUGCACGUCCUGUCCGAGGGCGGGGGCGCACAGCGCUGUCUCCUCGGCGCUGACGUCAUUUCGAAGCUGCUGACGUCAGCUCUGACGUCGGACGCACACGCGCAACGCGAGGCGGCGCUGAUGGCCGCCGAGAUGACGUCAGCGGUCUUUGCAACUAGUAUGGCGCACCCGCAAGCGCCGCUCGCUUUGGCGACCUACACCCCGGAGCCACUCAGCUGGGGCCACGUGGCGCCAUUCGCGGUCGGCCACGUUGGCAGUGUCAACCGGCUCCAAAGGGCCCUGUUUACACUCGCGACGCAUUUGGUGGCCGUCGAAGAAGAGCCCCUGAGGGCGUUGCCGGUUCUGGCGCUACUUCGGGGGGCACUCGGCGCUGCCAAACCGAACCCCCUGGCACGAAACGCGGCUACUUUGCUGCACGUAGAAGCGCUGCUCGCCGUGGGGCGCCUCUCGGAAGCUUUUGCGGAGCUUCAGCGCCUGUUCACACCUGUCGGUGCGCCGGCAAACGGGGACCCUGCGGACGCAGGGAAAGCCAACGGAACCGGAAAGGACGGAAAGAGCAAACCGGUCGCACCGGAAGCCGUUCCUGCGCCAAAACAGGAACUGUUGUACGCGAACAACCUUCCACCGAGCCACCCCAGCAACCAGGCCGCGAUAGCCUUUCUUGCGAAUGCUGACGUGGCAGGAAACGUCAGCACGGAGCUUGAGCUGGCACGUGCCCGGUUCCUUUGCCGGGUGGGGUCCCUGUGGGCCACUGGCAUGACCGACGGCCCGGGGCUCUCUACCGAGGCGUCUCUAAAUGUUCCGAGACCCAAAUCCGGAAACAACACGAAGAAGACGGCAGAGUCUGGAAAGACAUCGCGCGCGAGCGUAACGGUCGCGGCCAACCAGGAAGUCACAAGUGGCAGCGCGUGCUUAGCGCAGGCGGAGGCUUUGCUCAGAAAGGCUUUGGAUGCCGCGGCACAGAGAUGGGGGGUGGAACCCGAGGGCGGAAAUGGGGGGGUGGACGGUGCCGCGGCCGGGCAGGGUUUGGAUGGUUUGGAGGUUUUGGCCCGGGGCGGCCUCGUGCUUUCGGACGUCCUGCGCGCGCAGCACCGUCCGAAGGCCGCGUUGAACGCUCUCGAAACGGCCCUGAACCGCAUCUCGAAAGCGUUCCCACCACAGCCGAUGGGCGACGGACACGGCGGUGUGAAUGUCCCCCUGCGGCACGCGGUUCUGCAAAAGUGCUGGCUGGAGUGUCAGUUGAGACUGGCGGAAAUCCUGCUCGAUCUGGGCCAUUUCACACUAGCGCGCGCCGCGUCAGAGCAGCUGGAGUCGCAGGCGGGGUCGGCGGGGAGUGUAAAUUACACUCUGCGGGCGCAGAGCUUAUUGGCUGAGUUGGACGUAUUGGCCGGCGCGGUCAGGAAAGGGUUUGAGGGUUUAAGCGCGGUCGCCGCGCAGUGCCGCGAGCAUCACUACAGCGACGGGCUCUUCUUACCGACGCAGCUGCUGAGACUCGCCGAGCUGGCUAGGGCGGAGAAGCUUGACACCAGAAACGGCUUGGUGCUCUGCGCCGAGGCUUGCGCGCUUCUGGAGUGUCAAGAGGUGGAGCUUGGGGCGAACGACGUGCAGAAGAAGGAAGCGCUCAGGAGCGUUUACCUUCCCACGACGGAAACGCUCGCGGUGGGACUGCUGUUGCGAGGGACGGCGCUUCUGGGCGACCAGUCGCAGGUCUCCGCCGCACUUGCCUCCCUCGUGAAAUGCGAGCGCCUCCUCUCGCACGUCGUCGCCAACCCCCCUGCGGCUCUCGUCUCGCGCGCACAUAUUGCGCUCGCGCGUGCUUUCAUAAGAAGCAACGAAACCAAGAAAGCAACGGACAAACUUCGGACCGCGAUCCGGACGAUCGUCCAAACCGGGGCGCACGAUCGCGCGCUUCUCCAAGAGGCCUUCCAGCUGCUCGCGGCCGCGGCGGCGGGUUUGGAUUCUCCAGACGGCGCGAUCGCGGCCGCGCUUCAAAACGCCCGAGCAGUGGCCGAUAUGGCGACGUUCUUGGAGUCGGAGCUCUGCUUAAACCUCCCAAACCCUGACGCGGUCCCGGCGCACGCGCUCGAGAUCGUUCGCGCCGGCGAAGAAUACCGGAUCACCACUCGGAACGUUUUAGAAAGCGAAGCAAGUCCAGGGACUGGGGGAAAAGAAACGGGCCAGGCUUCGCCCCCGGCCGCGAGCCCACUGGGACGACGUCAGAGCGACGUCAGCGGCGUCGAAUCGCGCGACCUCGGCCCGCUGCUGCUCGCGCACUACCGGGCGCUCGUCCGCGAGCAGCAGCGGCUCCACGUGGACGUCCGAAUGGCGCGCGAGACGGGCGCCCGCGCGCGCGAGCUCCACCGUUUCCUGCUCGCGAGCUGCGUGCAAUACGCGGAAAAGUGCUGCUUCAAAACGGUGCCCGAUUUCGACGCAGCGGCGCAAGUGACUCCGGGCCUUGUUGCGUGCGCCUGGGUGCAGGGUCUCAGGGAGAAUAAGCAGGCAGACGGUGCGGGUAGUACGAAAACAGGGCCCGGUUCGGAGGACUCGCUUUCCGUGGUCUACCUUGUAGUGCCUUCUGACGGAGGCGCGACCGUCAUCGGCAUAUCUGCAGUUGAGAAUCUUGACUACCUUUCAGCGCUGCGGUUUGAGGUCAAGCAGAUGGUUGCGAAGGGGGGGGAUCUUAUUGGGGCUCGCUCCAGUCCCCCCGAAACGGACCCCAAGGACGCAGCUAAACUGUUCCGGAGCUUUUGCAGAACGGUUUGGGGGGUGGAAGUCAGCGCAAAUUCCGUGGGGGAAAUUGGAAACGGAAGUAAAGAGGUGGACGACCUGACAUUGGCGGCGGCCAUCGACAGAUUCCUGGACUUCCGGCGGGGUUUCUGUGACGUCAGCAAGGCGCUCGCGGACUUUCUGGUUCGCGGCCUGCGAGCGAGGAGUCACUUAGACGUAUAA